AUGGUAAAUGAGCUUUUAGUAUUUGCGCAGGACUCUACAGUAGUUACUUCAAUGAACUUGCAGCUUUUGAAUCUAGAAGGAAAUCUUUUGUCAGAAGAAUUGCCCAACUGUUGGACAAGCUGGUCUAAAUUGAAGAAGUAUGCCCACACGGAUAGGAAAAGACUUUCAGUUCUCAAGAUUCUUAUCUUGCGAUCAAAUAAGUUUUAUAAGCACAUUCCUAAGGAACUUUGUGCACUCAAUUCUCUUCAAAUCUUGGACCUUUCACGUAACAAUUUUUCUGGAAGCUUACCCGGAUGUUUCAUGAAUUUGAGUGCUAUGAUCAUACAACAAAAUUCAAGUGGCAAAAUGUUAUACUGGCCUGAUUCUUUCCCUGCACUAGUAUCUUUUGAAGGCUUUUUAGAGCAUGCAAUACUGGUAAUGAAAGGACAUGGAUAUAGCACCAUUCUUCAACUAGUUACUAUCAUGGAUUUUUCAAAUAACAAUUUAUCAGGAGAGAUCCUUAAGGAAUUGACAAGUCUUCGAGGGCUUCGUUCAUUAAAUUUGUCAUUUAAUCAUUUCACAGGAAGGAUUCCAGAGGGUAUAGGUGCUAUGGAACAACUAGAAGUUAUUGAUUUCUCUAUGAAUCAUCUUUUUGGUGAAAUCCCUUCGAGUAUGUCAAAUUUGAAUUUCCUAAGUUACUUGAACUUGUCCUACAACAAUUUGAGUGGAAAAAUACCAUCAAGCACUCAACUUCAAAGUUUCAAUGCAUCCAAUUUCGUUGGAAACAGCCUGUGUGGACCUCCAGUUAAUAACCAGUGCAAUGUUAGUGAUACACCAUCUACUAUUGCAAAUGGAGCAGGCAAAAGAGGCGAUGGAUUUGAAGUGGACUGGUUUUAUGUGAGCAUGGCUCUAGGAUUUGUGGUGGGCUUUUGGGGUGUAGUUGGUCCAUUUCUGUUUAGCAUUUCUUGGAGAGUUGUAUGUUUUCAGUUCAUGGACAACAUUUGGUACAAGUUUCAUAGUGUUAUAUGA